UAAUCUGCCGUAACUACAUGGGGAACAUGGACAUGAAUGAGAUCGACCAUUUUAUGCCCAUCCUGAUGAAGAGAGAAGAGGAGGCGGAGAUGACACCUAUGGUCACCCAUGGCUCCUCACACUUCCUGUGGAUCAAACACAGCAACCUUUACUUGGUGGCGAUGACGAAGAAGAAUGCCAACGCUGCUCUGGUGUACUCUUUUCUUUAUAAAAUCAUCCAGGUAUUUAAGGAGUACUUUAAGGAGCUUGAGGAAGAGAGUAUUCGUGACAACUUUGUGACGGUGUACGAGCUGAUGGACGAAGUGAUGGACUUUGGUUUCCCUCAGACAACGGACAGCAAGAUCCUACAAGAGUACAUCACCCAGCAGGGUCAUAAAUUGGAGAUCGGGGCUCCUCGACCUCCUGCCACCGUCACCAACGCUGUGUCGUGGCGGUCAGAGGGCAUCAAGUACAGGAAGAACGAAGUCUUCAUGGAUGUCAUUGAGUCAGUUAAUCUACUGGUGAACGCCAAUGGCAAUGUGCUGCGGAGUGAAAUAGUGGGCACCAUCAAGCUCAACGUGGUCCUGUCGGGGAUGCCUGAACUCAGACUGGGCCUCAAUGACAAAGUGCUGUUUGAAAUCACAGGCAGAGAGAAGAGUAAGGCAGUGGAGCUGGAGGAUGUGAAGUUUCAUCAGUGUGUCCGUCUGUCACGCUUCGAGAACGACCGCACCAUCUCUUUCAUCCCCCCCGACGGCGAGAGCGAGCUCAUGUCCUACCGCCUUAACACGACGGUGAAGCCUCUCAUAUGGAUUGAGAGUGUGAUUGAGAAGUUCUCUCACAGCCGUGUGGAAAUCAAGGUGAAGGCUCGAGGUCAGUUCAAGAGCCGCUCCACUGCCAACAAUGUGUCCAUUAUGGUGCCAGUGCCCAGUGAUGCUGACUCGCCCAAGUUCAAGACCAGCACAGGCAGCGCCAAGUGGGUGCCCGAGAAGAACGCGGUGCAGUGGAACAUCAAGUCCUUCCCUGGUGGUAAGGAGUAUAUGAUGCGUGCGCACUUUGGGCUGCCCAGUGUGGACAGUGGUGAGCUGGAGGCAAAGAUACCAAUCACAGUUAACUUUGAGAUUCCUUAUUUCACCGUGUCUGGGAUUCAGGUGCGUUACCUUAAGAUUAUAGAGAAGAGCGGUUACCAGGCAUUACCAUGGGUGCGCUACAUCACACAAAGUGGAGUAAAACUGGUACGAGUUCAGAAGUUCCUGGUUCAAAACGCCACCACAGACACCGUCCAGGCACGAUGGGCAUCCGUUAAGGGUGCCACAGGAUACCGUCUGACAUGGGAAUCCCCAGAUGGCCACAUAGAGAACAUAAACCUCGGGGACAACUUUAACUUCUACAUGAUCCAGGGCCUGCACUCAGCCUCUGAGUACACCAUCACCAUCAACCCCAUAUUUGGAGACGUUGAGGGGCCCAUCACCAGCACCAAACUCAAGACAUUGGAAAGCAGCACAGUACAAACUUUGAAGGUGUCUGCUGUGAGCACCAGUACUGCUGUCAUCUCAUGGAACAGUGUCCCAGGGGCCACAGGGUACAGACUGGCCUGGGGACCCACUCCAGAGUUUGUUGGUCGGGAUCGUCCCAGGCAGUUGGCUCUGAACGGCAGCACCACAGAGUACCAGAUGAGGAAUGUAGCCCAUGAUACUGAGUAUGUGCUGUCUCUCUAUGUGCUGUUUGGAUCUGCGGUGGGGCCUGGUAUCAGUGCUACCUUCAGAACCUCUCCAUUGGGCUAUGUUUCCAACUUCAAGGUGUCUUCCUACACCAGUACCUCCAUAGAUAUGGACUGGAGUCCCAUAGUUGGAGCCACUGAAUACAAACUCUCUUGGAACACAGGUGAUGGCAGCCCUCAGUCACAUUACCUGGACCGCACUGUCCUCACCCAUCGUAUCGAAGAACUAAACCCACAGUCCAUCUACACCGUCACGAUCUGUGCCGUGUACGGCAACUCAGAGGGACCAGAAAUCUCCUUAUCUCAGCUCACAGCUGCUGUCUCAGACUCACAGCAAAUCCAGGCAGUGAGGGAGGUGAAGGUUGUGGACAUUGGAGUCAAGUCCUUUACUCUGUCCUGGAAAAAAAAACAGGGGGCAUCUGGGUACAAAAUCUCCUGGACCCCCUUCAUGGGGGGUGAUGAGAAGUCCCAUGUGGUAUCUGCUUCUUCCACCACUUUCAACAUCGACAAUCUCCGGGCGAGCGCAGCUUACAAGAUCCAGGUGUCCUCCAUGGUGGGCCGCAGGGAGGGCAGCCCAGUCCUGCUCACUGCACGCACCUUGGAUCUUCCAAAAGUGAAUGGCUUUGCUGCUCUGAACACUACAGACAGCAGCACUGUACUAAACUGGACACAUGUGGCUGAGGUCUCUGGAUACCUUCUCUCCUGGAGACACAUCUCAGUGUUGGAGACUAAAAGAGAGACCCUGGGCCCUGGUUUCAACUCCUAUAAGAUCAAUGACUUGUUGUAUGGAAGAACCUAUAUUUUUACCAUCAGACCUUUGUAUGGAGAAGUGGAGGGCCCUAUAAGCACUGUGUAUCAGAAAAUAUUGGGAGAGGAUCCUCCGGCUGUAAUAGUCCAGGCUCUGCCAGCCACAGCCCCCCCCCGCAUCACGACUGCCUCCAUCAGCGACACUACAGUUGCUCGCACUGCCAGCAGGACCACCCGGCACCCCAUCGCUGUACCACCGACUAAACCCAUUACCCCCAAGAAACCUGCAGGUCAGCCAAGAGUCACUGAGGCCAAAUCAGAAGUCCCCCUCCAUCAUUUAACCACACUCCAUGCAGAGACAACAGGUCCACCAAGACCAACCUGUGGUAAAGCCAAAGCAGACAUAGUAUUCUUGGUGGAUGAGUCCUCCAGCAUCGGCGCUAACAACUUUAUCAAGAUGAAAGACUUCAUUUUCCGGGUGGCUACAUACUUCCCUAUCAUGGGCCCUCAGGGCACACAGAUAGCCGUGGUUCAUUACAGUGAUGAGCCUCGAAUAGAAUUCCGCCUAAAUGACUUCAAAGACAGGAACUCUGUGCUCAGGGCGCUCAGAGGGCUGCGGUAUGGAGGGGGCAACACUAAAACAGGAAAAGGCAUCAGUUACGUCCUUCAGGAACUGUUCCAGGAGUCCUUGGGGAUGAGACAGGAUGUGGCCCAUGUUCUGGUUCUGAUUACGGAUGGCAGGGCUCAGGAUAAUGUGGUGCCACCCUCUAGAAUUGCACGUGCUCUAGGUGUCAGUGUCCUGGCAGUUGGAGUUUCUAAUGCAGACAUGGAGGAGCUGAAUAAGAUCGCAACUCCCACUAGCUACAAAAAUAUCUUCUACUCACCGACCUUUGACGACUUCCCCUCCAUAGAGAGAGAAUUCAUCAAUAUGAUGUGUAGUGAGGAACUUCUCUCCGAGUUCAAACUGAAUGAUGAGUCUGCUCAGUUGGACACCCCGACUGAAGACCCAGAGGAGCUGCUUAAGCCACAGGGUCCCUGUUCCUCCCAGUGUAUGAAGGGCCAGAAAGGUGAACGGGGAGAUGGUUCUGGUCUCGGAGGUCUGAGAUUUAGGCAAAGCCCGGGACAGUUUGAUCCUUUCACUUCUACCAAAGGAGAGAUGGGAGAGAGGGGGCUUUCAGGAACAGAUGGUAUACCUGGGUUGCCAGGACGACCAGGGAGAACUGGACCACCCGGUUCUGCCGGCCAACGGGGAGCUCAAGGGAUAUCAGGUGAUAUGGGUCUACCUGGAACCACUGGUCCAAAGGGACAGAGAGGAGAGAGAGGAGAGCCCGGUUAUGUCAUCGCAGGCGCAGACUCAAAUUACGUUCCUGGAAGGAAAGGAGAGCCAGGAUCUUCGGGUCCCCAGGGGUCUUCUGGUAUACCAGGGAUCAAUGGAUCUCCAGGCCGUCCUGGCCAGCCCGGACCAACGGGGUCACCAGGAAUAUCUGUCAAGGGAGAUUCUGGUGAGCCGGGAGAGAAAGGUUUACGUGGGAAACAGGGAGUGAAAGGAGACAAAGGAGAGUCAGGAAGAGAUGGUAUUGCAGGUUUGCCAGGUCCCAUUGGCAUUGAUGGGGUGCCAGGAUUGUCAGGUCAGAAAGGGGAGAAGGGUGUGGAAGGAAUUGGCAUACAAGGUAUUCCGGGUCCUCUGGGAGAGAAGGGAGAGAAGGGAAAUAUUGGCUUUACUGGACCAGUUGGCCCGAAGGGUGAUCUUGGCGAGCAGGGCAUCCAAGGAAUCAUCGGACCUCGGGGAAAGAAGGGGUUCAAAGGGGAGCAAGGUGACAAGGGAGAACGAGGAGAAAUAGGACCAAUAGGACCAAAAGGAACCUCAGGACUGACAGGGCCUUUGGGGUUAAAAGGAGAUGAGGGUCCGAGAGGAGUCCCUGGAGAUCCUGCCAAGGGUAUAAUUGGCCCAACUGGAAAAAAGGGUGCCAGGGGAGACAUUGGUCCUGUCGGCCCUACAGGCCCCCAGGGAAUAAAGGGUGAACAAGGCACCAAAGGGGAUAAGGGCAGUCCUGGUUUUGGGAUUCCAGGACAACGGGGACCCAAGGGAGAAAAUGGAGAGAGGGGAAAUGUUGGUUUGUCUGGAAAACCAGGACAAAAAGGGCAUGAUGGCUUUAAAGGUGACAAAGGGACUAUCGGGUUAUCCGGCAAACCUGGAGUACCAGGAUUAAGAGGUAAAGAUGGUACACCUGGAAAUAAAGGAGACGAAGGCUCUAAGGGUGAACUAGGACCACAUGGAGAGCCUGGUGACAGAGGAAUUAGGGGUCCACUUGGAUUACCAGGACGACCAGGUGACCCCGGAGAAAAAGGAAAUUCUGGAACUCCUGGCCUGUUUGGUGCUGAUGGAAAAAAAGGCGAUAAAGGAGAUCAGGGAAAACCUGGACCUCCGGGAGCACAAAUUGUUGGAGACAACAACGUAAUGACCAGAGUGAUUAAGGGUGAACCAGGAAAUCCUGGUCAGCCUGGGUUGAGAGGUGAAACAGGUCUGCCUGGACCAAGCGGGCCAGAGGGGAAACCUGGAUUACCAGGAUCAUCAGUGGGUGGUUCUGGAAGAGGUGGACUUGAUGGUUUUCCAGGAAAACCAGGAGAUAAGGGUGACAAGGGAUCAAAAGGGGUGCCUAGUCUGAAAGGUGAACAGGGACGUAUUGGGAUUGCUGGAAUACCUGGUUUACCGGGAACUCCAGGCAGACCUGGCAAUGAUGGGAAGAGGGGCCUGCCAGGAAAAGAUGGAGAAAGAGCAGAAAAGGGAGAUGAUGGCGAAAAGGGGGACAAGGGAGACGGCGGGGGCAAUGGUAAAGAUGGCAGUAAGGGGGAACCAGGGCCUCCAGGUUUGCCGGGUAGGCAGGUGCUUGUCACAUCGGAGGGUGCCACCAAUGAUGAAAUCCGAGAAGCAUUUCCGAUCCCAAUGGGUCCUCCAGGAGCUACUGGUUCACCGGGAAUUAAGGGUGGUAAAGGAGAAACAGGGCUGAAAGGAGAGAAGGGCGUUGCUGGAGCUCCUGGAAAAUCAAUAGAGAUGAAGGAAAUUGAAGUGAUGUUUGGAGACUAUGGCAUAAGGCUGCCUUUGUUGAAGGCUUUAAUUGACAGGCUGUUGCAGGAUGGAAUAGAGGAGCUGCUUCGUGUGCUUGGCACCUCCCAGAAAACAAAUGAAAACACAAAAACUCACACCUCCAACAUCAUCACUGAAUACACAAGUUCAGUGAAGUUCGACCUCACCAGUCAGGCACUGAAAGAGGACACCAUCGUAGACCCCAAGUUAGACGGACAUCUUGCAGAAUCUUUGAUAGUUAACCCUUUAAUAGAAGCCGCAGAGGGUCCGACUUUAUGGAGCGCCACCACACUGAACGGAGAUAAGGAUAUGGACAGGACUGAGUCCAUAUUAAAGGGAAGAUGGAAUAAGAUAGUAGAUGGGGAUAGUGAGAACCCAUCUCCACACAAAAUGAAUCUGACUGUUAACAACUCAACUUUCAAUUAUACCACGACCCAGGAGUCUGCGUUUCAGUGCAACUCGCUGCUUUUCCGGAACGGAGCGUCAAGCUACAUGUAG